GUUUUGCUGCAUGUGCUUCGUCUUUUGGUUUGGAGUUGUUUAAGGGAAAGAAGAGUAUGGAAUCUGCGGAAGCCAAGCUUUUGCAUGAUGGGUAUAAGAGGACGCAAGUGGGUCAGAGUUAUCAGCCUAAGGAAGUGAAUCGGUUCUUUGAAACCCUGAAAGGUGCUCAAGUUUUCGCUACAAGAAGCUGCAUGGAGAUUGAAGGUGAGUUUCUGAAAUCGCUUGAAAGUUUAUCUGGGAAGUUGGUAAUUCCAAUUGGGUUGCUUCCAGCUUCGCCAGAAGACAGCAAUGACCACAACUGGUACACCAUUCUUAACUGGUUAGAUAAAUGGGAUAAGGGGUCAGUGAUCUAUGUAGCAUUUGGAACUGAGGUCAAGCUGAGUGAUGAAGACUUCACUGAAAUUUCUGUGGCAUUAGAAUUGUCUGGUUUUCCUUUUUUUUGGGCUGUGAAGAAUCGAAACAUCUCAGGUGGUAGUGUUGAGUCACAGGAUUGGAUUGAGAAUGAGUCAAAAAGGGGAAUGAUUUGGAGAACAUGGGCACCUCAGUCAAGGAUUUUAGCACACAAAUCUGUUGGAGCAUUCCUCACUCACUGUGGUUGGAACUCAAUGAUAGAGGGUCUCCAAGUGGGCUGCCCACUUGUAAUGUUGCCUUUCCAAUAUGAUCAAUGGUCGAAUGCUAAGUUUAUGGAGGAGAAGAAGGUAGGGGUUAAAGUACACAGAAAUGAGCAUGAUUCCAAGUUUACUAGGGCUUCGGUGGCCAAGGCACUCACAUCAGUGAUGUCGGAAGAGGAAGGGAAAUAUCUUAGAAAAGAAGCACAAGAGAUGAGUAAAAUAGUUGGGGACAAACAACUGCAACUAAAAUAUGUGAAUGAGUUUGUUGAUUACAUGAAAAACAAUAGGUCUGCCUAUAAUUAGUAUAAUGGCAAGUUGUAUUAAAGGAAGACUUUGAUUUUCUCUUAGAGUUUGCCAAUCUAGGAGCAAGUCAGUCCAACCUAGAAGUGAACAAAGAAGCCUACCUAUCUUUACAAUACUUUUUCUAUAGUAGUUAUGUCUUCGUUUUUUCUUA